AACAAAACAAAUGACAGCUGACCAGCGGACGUGGUUACCGUUUCCUGAUGCUCGUUUUGAUCUGUUGCAAUCUUAUUUUGAAAAUAUAAGCAACAAUACAAAAAGCUUUGAUCUGCUGGUGGAGUAAUUACUAAGACAGCGUAACAAGCUAACAGCUAUGCAUUAGCCUAGCUUACUCUUGCUAGAGCGUUUUCGGUUGUGGAGCUCAGCAGAAUUCAUCAGCAUGGUUUCGAUUUCCAAAAAAUGCAUUCUCUGGAUACUACGUUUGCGCUGAGAAACAUGGUAGUUGUUGCCUUGCUAUCCUCCGUUAGCGACAUUUCUCAACGUGCCAUACAAAAGUGUCAUGUUUACAACCUCUGACACUGUUUAUCUUGACAACACAGCCUGCUACUCACUGUUUAUCACAGGAAAUACCUCGGUAGCUACGCCAGCUAAUGGUUUCUGGUUGUGUGUGUCCCAUAUACGUUUGAUUGCUGUACGUUUUUACUUGAUCGUUCAGUCGUCUGUUAGUGUGAUCUGAGUUGUGGGGAAAGCUGAGGUGAGCUGACACUAACGAUGGAGGCUGUAAGACCAAAGAGGACCAAGGCAAAAACCAGCGGAAAAUCGCAGCUGGUCAGGAAGCAGAAGCAGGCAGAGGAAGAAAAAAGAGCCACAACAACCUCGGCUGCCUGUGAUGAUGCCUCCACCUCAGGCUUCACUGACAUUCCCCUCAGUCUUCCAUAUCAGGGGCUUGAGGAGGAGCAAAAAAACCUAGUUCAACCCUCUGACACCAUUGCACAGACAUCAGACCUGUCCUCUGAGAAACAACAGACCUUGUCCUCACAGGCCUUAUCCACAUCAGUGUUAAGUAAGACUUUACAGCCAACUCUCAGUUUGUUAACAGAGACAUCGCAGGUUAUAGAACAUCUGAAGGAGUCAAAAAAGGAAGAAGAGGAUGGUGGAUUGGCAGCUCAGGUAGCUGAGCUUACAGUUGCACCAUUAACCACUGACCCUGGAAAAGCUGCACAAUCAUGGAGUCAUCCAUGUGUUUCAACACAGUUUGAGGUCCUGAAUGUCCCAAGUGCUCCUGCACUGUACCCAUCUCUUUCUACACUGGAGGAGAGCCCUAUGAUACAGCUCUGUGAGGAAGCUGUGAAGAAUGUUGCAAAAGGACCUGCAGUGUUAGCACUUCCUGAGCAGGAAUCUUCGCCUCCAAGUUUGCAGCCUCUGGAGUCUGUAGCUGAACUUUCUAGAAGCAAGCUGUACCCAGAACUACCCAAGACAACACCAGAAAUUCAACCAUUUUCGCUGGAGCAGCUGAGUGUCUGGGAGCCAGGUGGGGGUUUGCAAGCUUGGUUAGAGGGCGUUGAAGUGUGUGCAGUCCAGUUCUGUGCUCUGGCCCGGCAGGAGAAUCAUGAACUGACUGAAUUGCUGCAGAACUACUGGCGCUGCCGCAGACAGCUGACCCAGUCACACACACAGUUACACACACAGUCCUCUGACUGCAAGAGCACACAAAAUCGUCUGUGGAGCUUCAGAGAUGAACAGCUCACACUUCAGGGAGUGUGUGCAGACCAGUCCAAGGUGUGUGGUUAUCAUCGCUUCCAGCAGGCAGAUUUCAGUCAGUCUGUCCUGGUGGAGCUGAAGAGACUGUUUGAAGCCCGCAGUGAGCUGCUCCAUCAGAAGGUGGCACUACAUGCAUACACUGCUCUGCUGUCACGCCUACAGGUGGAAUCAUACUUGUAUCGUCUACUCAGAGAUUGUUCUGCUAGCCAAACACAGCCUUGUUCUCUUCAACCCCUGAAGGAAGCCAUCAGCGUCCUGUUUAGCUUCACACGUCGAGUCCUUGACGACACUCAGUUCCAGGCAGACAUCCAUCACUGGCUGGAGAGAUUGGUGGCAGUCCUGCUGCAUGUUGGAGGAUCAGGAGAGCACCUGUAUCUGCUGUGCCAUCUUCUGUGCUGUCCUGCUGGGGUGGGAAAGUGGGCUGCACCCUUCCUUCAGAUUCAAGUCUGGGGUAACAGCUCUGGAGUGGCGCAGUUUAUGCAGGCUCUAGCCAUCCUAAUGUCACCUGCCAGACACCGUGCAGAGUUUCUGGGUCAUAUGAAGCCAUGUGAGAGCCAGAGCACAGGAGCUUCUGGACCUGAGUCUGGCAACUGGACAUUAGUGGAUGAAGGCGGAGAGGAGGACGAAGACCCAGAGAGCAGCUGGUUGCUGCUCUGUGAGGAGGAUCUGAUCUCCCUGCUGACCCAGUUCCCGUUCCAGCAGCUCUACUCACACAUGCUGGGGAUGAGCAAGGAGGGUGUGUAUGAGCCCCAGGCCUGCUCCAGUCAGAAGAUGAUGCGUGUGUUUGCAUUUGCUUCCUCUCUCAUUGAAAUUCUGGCUCUUGGUCUACAAACCUACAACAGAUCGCGGUACAGACAGCUAGUCAAACGAAUAGGACACAUCAUGCGAAUGACGGUGUGUUUGGUCAGCGAUCACUGGGCCCAGUAUGUGAGUGUGACUGGUGCUGAUGGAUCCAGUGCUCCUGUACACUCUCUGUCUCUGAACAAACUGCAGCUGGAAUAUGACCAUCUUUUCCUCAGAGCUGUUUUACAUGUACUCAGAAACAAAAGGCUAGGCAUUUGGUUGUUUAUGUCAGAGAUGCCGUAUGCAACUUUGUCCAGCUCUAUGCUGUGGAAGGUCCUUUAUGUGAUGCAGUGUGCAGAGACAGCAGGGCUAGAAACACUCAGCACUGCCAGUGACAUGCACUCCUGCUUUCAAGCUCUCAGAGAACGAGAGCACCAGGAGCGAUUUGAGCAGUGGCUGUGUGAGGUGAACAGCUCUGACGGCAUCUCCCUCCUCACAGCACUUGCACACAUGGCCACUCCAACCCAGCAUUCUGACCCCGCCUUCAUCACUACUAUAACCCUGCUGAUUUACCAGGUAUCAUAUGUGAGUGUGUCUACCAGAGAAACAUACUCUAAGGUAGGGAGGGAGUUGCUGGCUGCCAUAGCAACGGCCCAUCCCUAUGUUAACUCUGUGCUCCUGGAGAGAUUGAGAGAGACCAUACAGACUGUAGGAAUGGUGGCUUUGUACUUGUGUAAAGAGCUGCCUCUGAGUCUGUGGCGGCCACAGCCAGAGGAGGUUUGUGUGAUCGGAGCCUGGCUGCUCCAGCAUCCUUUGUCUGCUGUGGAGAACCGGCUGGCCUGUGUUAUCCUAGAGGGUCUGAACUGGGGUCACACACAGGAUGGUUCUUUGGCCCUGUCUUCCUCUCUUCACAGUCAAGUGGCUCUGCUGGUGGCUGAAGCCUAUCAGAAGUACCUUACUGACAAACCAUACAGUGGCCUCAUAUCCGAGGGAAUCCGACAGGUAUCUUACCUUGCCAAUGUCCUUCGUUUGGGCAUGUCUCCUGAAGCAUCCUUUAGUCAAUGGGCAUGGCAGCUGUUGCUGAGGCUGAAGCUCCAUAGCAAUUCCCAGAACCGUAAAGGAGCAUGGUUGGUGCCUGCUUUGACAUCCAGCCCACCUCCAGAGCUUACACACACUCCGAGCAUGCACUCUGUGCUCAGGGCUGUAAAAGCAGGCAUCCCUAUUGGAUGCUACUUGUCCAUUGCCAUGACACCAGUAGGACACAGUCUGGAACACUUUUGUACUGACGGUAUUGGGUUGUUGAAGAGUCUGAUUCAGUCUCACCAUCUGAGAGCUGCUGUGCAUCUGCUGGAUAACAUCCUACCCCCAACCUACCAUCUCAGCUUCUGCCUACUCAACAACUCACAGUUUGUCAGUUGUAUCCAGUUGUUCUUGCAGUACGACAGUGUGUGUCCUCAAGGUGUGACACAGCAGGUCACUCAUCGGGUAGCACCACUCCUUACAGGAGCCACCUAUGGAGACAAUGUCCGACUAUUAAACAGUGUCAUUCAGAGUCAUGUGGUGGAAAGCUCACAGCCCGGUCGUGUCGGAGCUGCAGCCGUCCUGGAGUUUUGGGUGGGAAUUCUGACACAGCAGAACCUGUGGUACCGAGACAAAACAGUUCUAUUCCUUAUGGAUCAGAUCUGUUGUGCUGCAUUCACACACCACCAGGAGGAGUGUGUGCAGAAACCGCUUUACCAACAGCAUAAGAAUGCCUUGGGUUACCAUGGAGAUCGAGGUCUGCUCUCCUCCCUGGUUGGCUGGAUUGCUGGAAAUGCCACACCCUCCUUCAUCGAGGGCCAAUCACUCAGUGCGGAGGUUUGGUUUGCCUGGCUGGUGCUGAAUAUGGAGGGCUUGUUUGAGGAAGAUUCUCAACUGAGACGCUGUGUUGAGCAAGAGCUCCUGACAGAGCCAAAUAUCUCUCCAGACCAAGCACUAAAGAAGGCGCAGCAGAGGCUGAAGUUGCCGGUAGCCCCGUCUCUACAGAGAUUACAGGUAUAUCGCUGGGCGUGCCAGGCAUUAGCCACACCCCCUGACCAUCCACUCCUUCCUCUGGUCUGGCAGAAGUUUCUGCAGCUCUACCUUAGACAGCCUGGGCCUGAGUAUGGACUGGCUGCAUGUGGUUGUAUCGGGCAAAGAUUCUUCCAGGCUUCAUCUCAGGCUGCUUUACUCAGAGAUCUGAGACAGAGAACACAAGUGGUGUCAGACUUCCACCAUGCUGCCAGUCAGGCCCUCAGGGUGCCCCCACUACACACUCCCUCAUCCGACAGCCAGGGCGACCAAAGUCCCGACAAUCCCUGUCCCCCAUAUCUCACCUCUCCUCAGUUACACACAGAGCUAGUCAGGUUGUUUGGUGUCUUUGCUGUGUGGAUGGAUGACGAGACUCUGCAGAAGCAAGAAGUGUACCUUCCUUCUCUUCCUCCAGAGUAUGAACCACACAGACUGGCACAGGUCAUGCAGCGGCAGCAGGAAAUGUGGCUGGAGUAUGUGGACCAGGAACGUCUGCAGUAUGAUAAGAGGGAAGUUUUAUCUCUGUGGGAGAAGGUGCAGAGUGAGCCAGCCUUCCUGCAGGCCCAGAACCCUGGUUUCACUGAUUACAGCAGCCUAAACAAUGCAAGGGAGCGUAUUCUGUCCAACUUGCAGAAGCAUCCAGUUCCACGUCCAGCUCCAGAGCUGCAGCAGCACAAAGCUCCAGUGGCAGAGGUCCCCGCUGCCUGUCUCAUUGACUCUAAAGCCACUGCCGAAAUGCUGCAGCAGGACCUCAGCAUUCUGCAAGACCAGGCCAGGAUUGCAGUGGCACGUGAAGCCCAGCAGGUGGCAUUGGAGCAGGAGCUGCUGGAGAGUCUUCCUCUACUGUAUAAAAACCGACCAGAGCAAGUUACUAUGGCCCUGGAGUGUAAAGGGAAGGGAGGGCAGCCAUGCCAGGGACCUGCCAAUAUCACUGUCACAUGUGAGCGUGUCCAGAGACAGGAGGAUAUGCAGACUCAGAUUACAAUACUGCGCAGGGACCUCAAGAAGCUCCAGACCGAUGCCAUGGCUCCUCCACUUCAAAGUCUGGCUCAGGCUGCUGUCCACACUGAGAACUUUAUCACGGCUCUGGUGAAUAUGUACAAGGCAGAGAAAUCGCCGGCAGUGCAGCAUGUUGGGGUCUCAGCCUUUUACCAGGUGGUCUCCUUUGUGUGUGAAGACACUUUGCGACACCCCCCAACACGCCAGUACCUCUCUUCCUGUGUGGAGAUACUGGGACAGGUGUUUAUCCAGGGCAACGCAGAGGAGUGCUGUCAUGUCCUGAAGACCAUCCUGGAGCAGAGGCUUCUUUGUCCUCUGAUUUCCCCCUUCUUCACUCCCAACGCAGCACCCAAUCAGCUCGUCUUCCUCUACCGUGAUGUUGUGACAUCUCUACAACCUGACAGCGCUGAUGUCAUUUUCAUGCUACUCACUAAGUUUGAUUUGUCCCAGUGGCUGAAUGAAGCACAUCCGAGGUUUUCGGAGCGAACCAGUUUGCUGGAACUGGUCCACAGUGCUCUCUGCGUCUGCGGCCGAGACCCCGAGCCUGAACUUCUCACGCCUUUUCACCUUUUCACCAAACACUGGACCUGGCUUUUAUGCCACCACUUUCCUGACCACUAUAGCGACUGCCUGCGUCUACUUAUGACCAGCUCGUCAAACCAGUUACUGAGUCCAGAGUGCUGGAGGGUCACCCUGCGAGAGCUUGGCUGCCUACCUCCAAACUGCAGCACCAAGAGCAAAGCUGAACAAACCCUCAGCACUAUUGAUGUCCUCAGCCGUGCUGCCGGAGCCCCAGCCUCUCCUUAUAGAUCGCCCAUCAGCCUCUCUCCUCAGCAGGUGGAUGAGACAGUUGACUGGCUGAGUGAUUACUUCCUGCGUAGUCGACUCAGUAAGCAAGACCUCCGCAGCUUCGGCCUCUACUCUGCCUGGACUCCCUAUAUCAGUGAGGUUGUUUCCUUCUGGGACCAUUUGAUUGGUUGUCUGAUCAACGUGCAUUUCAGCAGCUGUGCCAGAGAAUCAGUGGGCAGCAGGAAAGUUGUUAGAGCUCUGCAGGACCUACACAGUAAGAUUGUGAAAUUAUUUAAGCCUUGGAUCUUUCCUGUGGAUACUGAUGAUGGCGGUCUCAAGUGUUAUCCCUGGCUGGAGACUGAUGCGAGUGCAGCAGGAUGUCUGGUUGGACUCUAUGCUCAGCACACUGACAGACUGCACCACAAAUUCAGAGAUCGUCUGCUCCCAGGUCAGAGAGGGGCUCUGUGGCUGUGUAUGAUGCAGUACUGUGAGAGCUGCACCUCCCCCCGUACACCUGAGUACCUUCUCUACCUGUACCACACACAGCUCCGCAGCCUGCCCUGGAGUCACCUGCACCCUGACACUCAGCUCAUGGAGCAGCUAUUCAGUGUGGAGAGAGGUAGCCCCAAGAGCUGCUUCCUUUUUCUUGGAGAGGUGUUAUGUGAAGUGAACUGGGUCAGCAUCCUAAGUGACCACUUACAGACACCUCCGACGUCUACGACACAUCCAGCUCUACCGGACACUGGUACUCAGAAGGAGUCACACACCAUGUUGGUCUAUCUGCUGUACAUGCUAGUUCUUCUGGCAAAGGAAGAACAACUCCUGAGUCAGCAGGACUCCCCUCUGCUCAGUCUUCUAGUGCAGUCAGCCUCUCUACCCUGGCAUCAACUGGACCUGUCCUCAUACCAGCAGAUUCUGGGAUAUGUUAGCACCCAUUACCCUCCCUCUUUGCUGCUCAGUGCUGAUUCUGUGCCUCAGCUGCUGCUGAAAUCACUGCGCAGUGCUGCAGGGCUCCACCCCCGUCCUAACGAAGCCCCGCAUCAGGAGGAGACGCUGAAGGCUGGAAUGUAUAUAUGCUGGUAUGUGCAGUCUUUGGUAACUCUGGAACAAGGAGGCAGCAUCAGCCUCAGCAGCCUGGAGGCUCAGCUGGAGACACUUCUAGAGAGUGUCGUCACAUUCAGCCCACCAGAGGCAGGUUUGGAGCAGAGGCACAUGGCAUUUUGCAGGCUCUUCAGUGAUGCUCUGACUUUGCUCAACAGAGUGGGAGUCUCAACUGGUGAGGCACUUGCUGCUUAUGUCAUCACCUGGCUAGACAGGAAGGGGAGGGGCUUUCCUAUCCUACCUCUUCUUACAGCUUGCUCUUGCUGUCUUGCUUCGGUGAGGCAUAUGACUCGCAUCAUGGAGGCAUGCAUCACAGCGUACUUCAACCAUGCUGAGGAGGAGCCUGUAGGGUGGGGUCCUGUGUUGGCAUCGCUGCAGGUGCCUGAGCUGACAGUGGAUGACUUUCUCUCUGAGAGCCAAUCAGGAGGCAGCUUCCUGACACUGUAUGCCUUCAUCCUGCAGCGUCUUAACACUGAAUAUACAGCAGUCAAUGAGAGGAGGAUACUGGCUUUAAUUAACACAUGGACCAGUCAGGUCUUUCCCAGUGGUCCAGGUGAUGAAGCCAAGCUGUUUCUUUGGUGGCACAAAGCACUGAAUCUGUCAGCCGAACAGCUACAACCACAAGCAGGCCAGACAGAAGUGUCAGGAGUUGUCAUGAGUUUGUUGAAGUUGCAAACCAGGCUGAUUCAGCUGGGAGAAGAAAGGCUGAACUCUGGACUGCUGGGAGCUAUAGGUCUGGGGAAGAGGUCACCUGUUUCAAAUAAGUUCAGGGUGGUGGUACGGAGUCUGGUAGCAUUUCUGUCAGUCCAGGUAUCGUCAGAGACAGAGCUUCGCCUUCAACCCACCACUGACUUGCAGCUUUCUGCAAAAGCACAGCAAAUGUUGGGGAUGCUGGAGGCCCUGCCCAGCAAUAAGCAUUAUGCUGAGUUAGGGGACCCUGUGAGGAAGGCUGUCCAGUUCAUCCGCUACCCAGGACACUGUCUCAGAGAUGCACCCCGACUUCUGGCCCUGCUAGCCAACCUCCUGUACCCUGACCUCAGAUACCUACACAUUAUCCGUUAAUCUUGACUUAAUGUGACCCUCAUGCUGGAGACUGGGAGGAUGUUACACGUCAGUGGCAAAUACAGUGACAUUAAAUAACUUCUGUACAGACUAAAUCUUGCUAGAGCACAAAGUUUCCAAGUAAUUGCACAGGUACUGAAUUGCUUUUGCUACUUAAUCAGCAAGAGCUCCACAUCUUUAUCAGAGAGGGCUUUGUGUGACACAGACUGACUGUGCGACAGAGCUCACUGUACAUGAAAUACCUUUUGACUGGUAAUGUACAAUGAAGGAUCAUAAAACCAGUCAGAAGCAUAAAAACCUAAUGAUCUGACCUUUUCUUGCACUUUGCUUUCUUCUCUCAUGUCCAUGCCUUGUUGCUUUUUUAUUUACCUGCUCUUGAGUGGACGUUGCACAUGCAGUAUUUAUUGAAGCAUAAUUCAUUGAUUACAUUGCAACACUGGCCUUCAGAUGUGAGUUUCACACGUGCAUGUGGAAUCUAACAGAAAAACAUUGAAAGGCCAGACCUUAAAAUGGGGUUGUGGAACAUGGCAAGAGAGCUAGUAGAUUGGCUUCAUUGCCUGACACAGCACAUAAGGUUUGCAGAUGAUGCUAGCGUCUAGCGUACUCUACACAUACAGGUGCCAGUACAUAUACAUUCAUACAGAAGCAGUAUGAAGUGAUUGUGUUUAGUAACAGAACAUUUGCCGGUAUUAUGUCUUGUCCCGGGCAGCGUGGUGACGCAGUGGUUAGCACUGUCACCUCACCACAAUAAGGUUCUGAGUUCAAGCCCCCUGCCAACCUGGGGCCUCUCUGUGCAGUUUGCAUGUUCUCCCUGUGCCUGUGUGGGUUCUCUCCGGAUACCAUGGCUUCCUCCCACAGU